AUGCAGAAUCCAUCCUGUCUCCUGUAUGGACCAGCCGAUAUCCGUUUCGAGGAUCACCCUCUCCCAACCAUAGAAGAGCCUAACGAUGUAAUCAUCCGCAUCGCCUACAUCGGCGUCAGUGGCAGUGACGUCAAUUUAUGGCUUGACGGCGGGAUCAAAAAGGGAAAUCUGAAAUUAUACGUCUCAGAAGACGAACCUCUCAUCAUGGGCCAUGAGGCCUCUGGCAUCGUCCACGCCGUGGGUCCUGAAGUCUUCAACCUCCAACCAGGGGAUCCUGUCGUCAUCGAACCAGGCACACCCUGUCGAAUUUGCAGUCGCUGUAAAUUGGGGAAAUACAACCUAUGCCCCGCUAUGAAAUUCGCCGCCUCCCCGCCUUUUCAUGGGACGUUGACGAAGUAUUACAAAAUCCCCGCUGAUUGCUGCUAUAAGAUCCCGCCUAGUGUGGGAAUCUCCUUUGGAUUGGACGAAGCUGUGCUCAUUGAGCCGCUCGCAGUGGCUGUUCAUGCUGUUCGCCGGGUGUGCGUGCAGCCGGGCGAUAAGGUAGUUGUUUUCGGCGCCGGGACGGUGGGAUUGCUAUGCGCGGCUGUUGCAAGGGAAUUUGGGGCUUCGACCAUCAUGUCGGUGGAUGUCAGUCGUGGUAAGCUUGAUUUUGCACACUCGUUUGUUCCGAAUGGACGGUUGUCGUUCUCGACUGCUAUUCCUAAUCAGUCGCUUUCGUCUGAGGAGAAUGCGCAGUGCUUGAGGGGGAUGCAUCGCAAUUCGCAUUUUACAGAGUCGGAUGUACCGGGCUUUGAUGUGGCGAUUGAGACGACUGGAGUGGAAUCUUGUAUCCAGAUGGCUAUUCAUGCGCUGAGGGUUGGGGGGUCGUUUGUGCAGACUGGGCUUGGGAAGAGGAAUGUUGCUUUUCCCAUUGCUUCGGUCUUGGAGAAUGAGAUUAGUGUUCAGGGGUGCUUUCGGUAUGGAGCGGGGGAUUUCAAGAUGGGGCUUGAGUUGGCUUUUACGCGGAAGAUUGAGUUGAAGCCUCUUAUCACUAAGAUUGUUGAUUUUGAGAAUGUCGUUGAGGCCUGGGAGACUACGGGGCGAGGAGAGGGGAUCAAGACGUUGAUUCGGGGGGUUGGAUAUACGGAUGAUUUGGAGGAUUUUGCAUCAGAGAGGAAUGGGACUUCGAGAUAUGGCUCUCGAGGUCGUAGCAUGUAUGAGUGA